UGGCUCGGGGGCGCGGGCCGGCGGCUCUGGGCGGGCGCCGGCCAUAUUGGAUCGGGGCGCGGAGUCCGCCGGUGCAGCGCUGGUGGCUGCGCGGGCGGCGGCCGGCUCCCUUCCUCCUCCUCCUCCUUCUCCGGCUUCCCCGCGGCCGUGGCGGCCCCGCCGUCCCGGCUUGCUUUUCGGGCGCCGCGGCUCCCCCGGCUGCCUUUAUCCGCGCUGCGCGCCGGCCGAGCCAAUCGGGAGCGGCAGCGGCGAAGCGCCUCCUCGCUGGUUUCCCUCCUUUUUUCUUCGUUCCGCGCCCGCACCGGGGUUUAACCGAUCCAUUCCGGUUUUUUUUAAUUCUUAUUGCUACUUUUUAUUUUAGGCUUUUCUCGCCGCUGCGCUGGCUGCGGGGCCCCGGAUUGAGCGAGGCGCGGACGGCGACGGCGGCCCCCCCGCAGCCGCCCGCGGGCACCGGGGUUUUUAGCUGUUUUUAAGGCUUCCUCUCCCCCCACCCCGGGGCGCCCCCCCUGCCGCCCGCCAUGGCGGCCGCCACGCCGCUGGGGCCGCGGGGCCGGGGCAGCGCGCCCGCCACGCCGCUGAGCCCCACGCGCAUCUCGCGGCUGCAGGAGAAGGAGGAGCUGCGGCAGCUCAACGACCGCCUGGCUGUCUACAUCGACAAGGUGCGGAGCCUGGAGACGGAGAACAGCGCGCUGCAGCUGCAGGUCACCGAGCGCGAGGAGGUGCGCGGCCGCGAGGUCACCGGCCUCAAGGCGCUCUACGAGGCCGAGCUGGCCGACGCCCGCCGGGCGCUGGACGACACGGCGCGGGAGCGGGCCAAGCUGCAGAUCGAGCUGGGCAAGAUCUGCGCCGAGCACGAGCAGCUGCUGGGCAGUUAUGCAAAAAAGGAAUCUGAUCUUAAUGGAGCCCAAGUCAAACUUAGAGAGUUUGAAGCAGCCCUCAAUUCUAAAGAAGCUGCACUGGCCACAGCUCUUGGUGAUAAGAAAAGCCUGGAGGGAGAACUUGAGGAUUUAAGAGACCAAAUUGCACAGCUUGAGGUUUCUUUAGCUGCUGCCAAGAAACAGCUUGCAGAUGAAACUUUACUGAAGGUGGAUCUUGAAAAUCGUUGUCAGAGCCUCAUUGAAGACUUGGAAUUCCGUAAAAAUAUGUAUGAGGAGGAAAUCAAUGAGACGAGAAGAAAACAUGAAACUCGCCUAGUUGAGGUUGAUUCUGGGCGUCAAAUUGAGUACGAACACAAACUGGCCCAAGCACUGCAUGAAAUAAGGGAGCAGCAUGAUGCACAAGUGAAACUGUACAAAGAAGAGCUGGAACAGACUUACCAUGCCAAACUUGAGAAUGCUAGAUUGUCCUCUGAGAUGAGCACUUCUACAGCCAACUCAUUAAGAGAAGAACUGACAGAAAGUCGCAUGCGGAUUGAAAAUCUUUCUUCCCAGCUUGCGAGCCUUCAGAGAGAGUCUAGAGCAUGGCAAGAUAGAAUGCAAGAGCUUGAGGACACCUUGGCUAAGGAAAGGGAAAACUGUCGCAAAAUGCUGUCUGACAAGGAGAGGGAAAUGGCAGAGAUCAGAGAUCAGAUGCAGCAGCAAUUGAGUGACUAUGAACAACUUCUGGAUGUUAAACUGGCCCUGGAUAUGGAAAUCAAUGCAUACCGGAAAUUGCUGGAGGGUGAAGAAGAGAGGCUGAAACUUUCUCCAAGUCCAUCUUCUCGAGUGACAGUUUCACGGGCUUCAUCAAGCCGUAGUGUACGUACAACCAGAGGAAAGAGGAAGAGGAUCGAUGUGGAAGAAUCUGAAGCCAGUAGUAGUGUCAGCAUCUCCCACUCAGCUUCUGCCACAGGAAAUGUGUCUAUUGAAGAAAUAGAUGUUGAUGGGAAAUUCAUCCGUUUGAAGAACACCUCUGAACAGGAUCAACCUAUGGGAGGUUGGGAGAUGAUCAGAAAAAUAGGAGACACUUCUGCUACUUACAAAUAUACCUCAAGAUACGUACUAAAAGCAGGCCAGACAGUUACAAUUUGGGCUGCAAAUGCUGGAGUAACUGCUAGCCCUCCCACUGACCUCAUCUGGAAGAACCAGAAUUCUUGGGGCACUGGUGAAGAUGUGAAAGUUAUACUGAAAAAUUCUCAGGGAGAGGAGGUUGCUCAGAGAAGCACCGUCUUUAAAACAACUUUACGUGAAGGUGAAGAAGAGGAAGUUGAGGAAGAAGAAGCAGUUGAAGCUGUGGAGGAGGAAGACCUUUUCCACCAGCAGGGAGACCCAAGGGCAUCUAACAGAAGCUGUGCGAUCAUGUAAACUCCUCCAGUCAGCCAACUUCCUCAAAUUAUGGUAAUCCUUGCCUACAGAACAGAGCCUUCUCAGAAGCACAACAUAUUUUUGUAUUUCCUUUAUGUGAAUUUUUAAGCUGCGAGUCUGAUGGCCUUAAUUUCCUUUGUCACUGAAAAGGAAGUUUUGUAAAAGAAACCGUAUCUGUAACUUUCUUGCAAGAUGUGAAUUAUUGACACUGAACUAUGUACUGUUUGAAAAAUGACAUCCCCACACACAAAAUUUUUAUGCCAGUCUUUUUUUAAACCUUGUUAGAAGGGGAAUAUGCCACUGUGUUCUGGGGUUUGGUUUUUUAGAUUACACCACUUAGACUAGCCAUCUGCCGUUGACCUCUUUAUAUUUAGGUGCUGUUGGGGAAGGGGAAGGCAUUUUCGAUACUAUGAACUUUUUUGUACUGAAGACUUUUUUUCUACAAUGUGAUCAAGGUUGCAAAAUCUUUUUAUAGAAAAGAACAGCUUUGUUCAAAAAAAAGAACAGAACGUAGCCCAGUUGAUCAUGUAAGCACUCAGAGGAUGAAGGAUGCAGCAAAACUUGUUUUUAUUGGUACUUUCUUCUUUACUUAGAUUUCUUAUUCAGGAAGGGGACUCAUGUUAAACGCGUUAGUUGUGCUUUUAAGAUAGUGUAACCGGCUUAAAUUUUCUUAUGUGAUAUUAACAAAUAAAAGGCUGUUUUAAUAUGGA